AUGGCUGCUGAUCACCAUGAGAGUAGAAAGAGAAUCAACAAACAGCACAGGCCACGUAUUAGCUGCUUCUCUUUGAAGUCUUGUUUCGGGUCGUUCGACGAAAAAAGGGAGUCGAACGAUGAUAAGUUUGUUAAUCACAGGACGAGACGGGCAUCGGGCAGGGCCAGCACCAGAACUGUCCCGAUAAGCCAGCCCGUGACAUCUUCUCUUGUCGGUUCCGGUACAGAAAUUCACGAGAUUGAGGCCGUGCAGACGAGUGUUAGUCAGAAAAUUGUGGCACCCCAAUCACAUGAACUUAUCAAAAAUAAUAAGGUAAUUGACAUGUGCAAGAAAAAUAAAAAUGCAAGCAACGGAAGUCAACUGAUGUCUUCCACAAAAUUAGGCCAAAAUAGUACAAAUGAAGAUGCUUGUAGCAGCAGCAAAGUAAAACUAAGGCACUCAGAGGCAAAGUCGAAAGUCUCUGAUCAAUUGGACCCGACGGUUGGGGCAUUUAUCAUAAUGUUGACGUUGAUAGUUAUGCUCAUUUGGGGUAAGCUUUGUGCGGUUAUGUGCGCGGCUGCCUGGUUUUACAUCAUCCCUUGUUUUCGGGCAAAACAUGGUAUUUUAAACGUAGAUGAGUGCGAGCAUGAUUUGAAGCAGAUCGAUGUGGAUUCUUCGGAGUACAAGAAGAAAGUUGUUCUGGAAGGAUUGAUUACUCGUGAGGUAAUGAAAAAUACUAUGUAA